UAGGCGUGGAGCAAACACUGACAGCUGAGUCUGCUGCGGGAGCUUGUCUGUAAGAGAAGAUGUGGUUAUAAAUACCUCACUUGAGGCUGUUUUGAUUCAUUUGAGUGUGUAUUCCAUUUUGGGCACUGAAACUGCUCUAUCUUAUAUUUUGGUUAGUGCCCAGCGUGCCGAGGUCCUGGUUGACGUGAUGUUUGUAGAGUGGGAAGCAUCAUCUGAUAUUAGUACUGAAAUACUGUGGGCACUGAGGGACGUUGCUUUGCAGGAUUCUGGGUCACUGUUUUGAAUCAGCUGCCGUGAAGCAGCAAGGAUGUUAUGGGAGGAUGGCAAAUCCAUGGGGUGUGAGGAAGGAUUUGUCUUCUCUGAGGUGUUUUCUGACAAAGCUUCCUUUCCACAUGGAAAACUGUUGCAACUUGACUUCAGAUGCUGUUAGAACAGAGAGACUUAACUCACCCCAGGCACUAACUGCAGGCUCAUGCAAGCAAGGAAGAGGAGGCGGAAUGGCAGUGAAGAUGAUGGUCACAUUCCCCAGACAAAGCGUAGUACCAGGAGUACUGUCCUUCAGGACUCUUGGGACACUGAGAAGGUGGCUGUAACGAAAAACAGUAAGGAACAGAGACUAAAAGGCAACAAAGUGUCCUGUGCGUCUUCCAGCAGUGAUAGCGGCAGCAGCAGCAGCAGCUGUAGUAGCAGUAGCAUCAACAGCCCUGACAGAGCGUGCAGUGCAGAAACCAGCCUAAACCCCGUCAUUGCGGGAUCCAGCCCUGUCUCCUCUCAGUCCUUCCAUGAGCAGUCUGCACUAAGCCAAGGUCCUUACUUCCACAUCAACCAGAUCCUGAAGGAGGCACACUUUCACAGCCUACAGAGCCGGGGACGCCUUCCCACAUGAUGAACCAGCAGCUCCCUGCCUUCUGUGAAGGGACAGCACUGUGUAGAUUUGAUAUUUCAACUCAAAAGUUUGUUAAACAUGGAAUUGCACAAAAUGCCUGUUGCCUUUUCAGUCUAUAUUUGAAAUAACAGGUUAACAGGGAAUUGUUUACUUGUGGUUUGCUGCACUAUUGCAAUGCAAAAGGGGCUUUUAAGCAAUUUUUAUAGGAUUCAUUUUUGGGGUGGUUUUAAAGUACUUGUCAGGAGGAGACUUGAGGAAUCCACAUUUGUGUUAUAGGAUUGCAAAAUGUCCAAUUCCAAUUGACCGCCUAAUCUGUUUGUUAGCAGUUUAUUGCUUUCUGUAAAGUUCUUUCCAGCGUUCAUCUUCAGUUUUAUAAGUCUUUUUUAAUUUCAAUAAAAUAGUAAAAAAUUUA